AUGAGAUCUUUAACUUCCGGUAAAGUAUUCUUCAUGGCUUAUUGCCUUACCUUGUUGUAUGUUUCAUCACCACAUUGGGUUGCUUCUGCUACUUCUACUACUGAUACUGAAGCAAAGGCUCUUCUCAAAUGGAAAGCCAGCUUACUUCAAAAUAAAGCCCUCAAUAUUCUCAACUGGUACCCUUCCGCUCAUAUUGCCAACAAUUCUUCCACCAAUCCAAAAGCAAAUACAAUCCCGUGCACUUGGACCGGAGUUUCAUGCAACACAGCUGGAAGUGUCAACAAGAUAAACCUUUCCACUUGUGGUAUUCAAGGUACGCUACAUGAAUUUUCAUUCUUGUCCUUCCCUAAUCUUGAAUAUCUUGACCUCCGGAUGAAUAAACUCUUUGAUGUCAUCCCACCUCAAAUCAGUUACCUCUCCAAACUCGACUAUCUUGAUCUCUCUCUCAAUCAAUUGUCCGGGAGAAUCCCACCAGAAAUCGGACUCCUAAGAAAUCUUACCCUUCUCGAUCUCCAUGAAAAUACAUUUUUUGGGGAUAUUCCCAAGGAAAUAGGCAACAUGAAAUCUAUUGAGGAACUAUAUUUGUAUAAGAAUAAACUCAACGGUUCAAUUCCAAGAUCAUUAUGCAAUCUAACAAGACUUGCCUAUCUUUACCUCUAUAACAAUCAACUUUCUAGUUCUAUUCCCAAUGAGAUAGGCAAUUUAAAGUCUCUAGUAGAUCUACAGUUGUCCUCCAACACUUUAAGUGGUCACAUCCCUCCAAAUAUUGGUAAUUUACAAAAAUUAAAUACUUUGUACUUGCAUACCAAUGAACUCUCUGGCUAUAUUCCCAAAGAGAUAGGGAACUUGAAAUCUCUUAUGGAUCUUCAUUUGGGUGAUAAUCAAUUAAGAGGCUCAAUUCCACGAUUUUUAGCAAAUAUCUCAACCCUUACCAAUCUUUUCCUCUUUGGUAAUCAACUUUCUGGCAUUAUUCCCAAUGAGAUAGGUAAUUUGAAGUCUCUUGUAGAUCUACAGUUGUCUUCCAACACCUUAAGUGGUCCCAUCCCUCUAAGUAUUGGUAACUUAAAAAAGUUAAACACUUUGUACUUUCAUAACAAUACACUUUCUGGUUUGAUUCCAAAAGAGAUAGGGAACAUUAAAUCUCUUGUGAAUUUAGGAUUGAGCGGCAAUCAACUGCACGAUUCAAUUCCUACUUCAUUUGGUAACUUGAGCAACUUGGAAAUCUUACAUCUACGGGAUAACCGACUUUCCGGCUCCAUUCCCCAAGAGUUAGAGAAUCUCAAGAAUUUGAUUCAAUUGCACUUGGAUACAAACCAAUUGUCUGGUUAUUUGCCCCCAAAUAUUUGCCAAGGUGGAAAGCUCACAAACUUUUCAGUAUUCAGAAACUAUUUGACUGGACCUAUCCCUAAAAGCUUGAAAAAUUGCACGGGCUUAAUAAGAGUCCAUCUUGAACAUAACCAAUUUACAGGCAAUAUAUCAGAAGACUUUGGUGUCUAUCCGAAUCUUGAUUUUAUGAAUAUAAGCAACAACAACUUGUAUGGAGAAAUCUCACACAACUGGGGACAAUGCCCAAAGUUGACAACCCUAAUAAUGGCAGGAAACAACCUUACUGGUAGCAUCCCACCUGAGAUAGGAAACGCAACCCAAAUUCAUGUGCUCGACCUUUCUUCAAAUCAUUUAGUUGGGUUGAUCCCAAAAGAAUUUGGGAAGUUGUCUUCAUUGGUGAGGCUGAUAUUGAAUGGAAAUCAACUUUCGGGUCGUAUACCGUCAGAAUUUGGAUCAUUAAGUGAUCUUGAAUAUCUUGACUUGUCAACCAACAAAUUCAAUGAGUCAAUUCCGAGCGUUAUAGGUGACUUGGUCAAAUUGCACUACUUGAAUUUGAGCAACAACAAGUUGGCUCAAAUAAUUCCAUUUAAGUUAGGGAAGUUAGUUCAAUUGAAUGACUUGGAUUUAAGUCAUAACUCACUUGAAGGUAGGAUACCAUCAGAAAUGGGUAGUAUGCAGAGUUUGGUGAAACUUGAUCUUUCCCACAACAAUCUUUCGGGUUCCAUACCAUCAAGUUUUGAAGAGAUGCGUGGCUUGUUGUAUGUUGACAUAUCUUACAAUCACUUCGAAGGUCCCCUUCCCAACAUCAGUGCAUUUCGAGAAGCUCUGCCAGAAGGAUUAAAAGGGAACAAAGGAUUUUGUGGCAUAGUUAGAGGUUUGCCACCCUGCAAUGCACAUGGCUCAAAAAAAGACCAGAAGUUCCUAUUCUCACUUCUAGCAGUAAUUAUUUUUCUAUCUGCUUCCUUCACUAUUUUCUUUGUAAUAGUGCAAAGGAAGAAGAAGCAUCAGGAUAAAGCACAAAAAAACAUGCAUGAAGAAAUAUCUUUUUCAGUUUUAAAUUUUGAUGGAAAGUCAAUGUAUGAGGAAAUCAUAAGGGCAACAGAAGAUUUCGAUCCCACAUAUUGCAUUGGGAAAGGAAGACAUGGAAGCGUCUACAUAGCAAGUUUGCCAUCUGCCAAUGUAGUGGCUGUGAAGAAACUCCAUUUGUUGCAAAAUGACGAGAAGAAUCUUCAAAAGGAGUUCUUAAAUGAGGUAAGGGCACUCACGGAGAUACGACAUCGGAACAUUGUGAAGCUCUAUGGUUUUUGUGCACAUAAACGACAUUUGUUUUUGGUGUACGAAUAUCUUGAAAGAGGUAGCUUGGCCGCAAUCUUGAGCAAAGAGGAAGAGGCUAAAGAGUUAGGGUGGAGCAAAAGGGUGAAUACUGUAAAAGGUGUAGCUCAUGCCUUGUCUUACAUGCACCACGAUUGCUUGCCACCGAUUGUACAUCGUGACAUCUCAAGCAAGAACAUUUUGUUGGAUUCUGAAUAUGAGGCUUGUGUUUCAGACUUUAGCACUACUAAGUUUUUAAAUCCAGACUCAACUAAUUGGACUGCCGCUGCAGGCACAUUUGGCUACAUUGCACCAGAGCUUGCAUAUACAAUGAAAGUGAAUGAAAAGUGCGAUGUUUAUAGCUUUGGAGUUGUCACACUGGAAAUAAUUAUGGGAAACCAUCCAGGAGAUGUUUUCUCAUCUUUAUCAUCCGGGGCAUCAUCGUCGUCCUCAUCUGCAUCACUUGCCCCUGAAAUGCCAAUUUCGGAUGUUCUGGACCGACGCAUCUCCCAACCCACAAAACAAGAAGCAGGGGAGGUGGUGUCUCUUUUGAAGAUAGCAUUUGCAUCUUUGAAUCCCAAUCCACAGUCUCGUCCAACAAUGAAAAAAAUUUCUCAGCUCCUCUCAUCAACUCAAAGGCUACAUUUGUCAAAGCCAUUACAUAUGACAACAUGUGGUGAAUUGCUUGCUGUUGAUGGAUUCACUACCUGA